UUGUCACGGUUAGGUUAGUUGCAUGCUGUAUAAUGUUAUAAAUGUUUUGAUAGUUUAAGUUGCUGCCAUUAAAAUCACAAUGGUAUUUUUUGGGUUAUUAGUACUCACAAAUACCACUUUUGGAAUUUUCGCGUGAGAGAGUGUGUGUAUUUUUUCUGUCAAGCGCCAAAAUCAGGAAAUUGAAAUUUUGUAAAUUUUUCAUGUUAUACGAAAUUAUUACUAACAUAAAAAAAUAUUUUUGAAACAUUCAGUUUUAAAGUUAAAUAUUUUUGAUUUGUUCAAAGUUAUGUAAUUUUUUAUUUACGUUAAAUCAUUAUGUAUUUGUAAAUUAUGAAAACUUGUUUUGUUUACGAAUACACUGUUUUCAUACAAACAUUAUGAAGUAUAAAUUCAUUAAUCUACGACAACAAUAUUUCAAACUACGAGAGAAAAUCUGUGCUGUGCUCUCCCAUUGUAAUACAAGGUAAUUUGAAUUUCGCGUGCGUUCUUCAGGCUAAGCCGCUAGGAUCGCUGCUUUUGUCAUGUUAAAAGGUUUGAGUUUCCUAUAUUGUUAUUGUUUUACAACAAUAUUUGGUAAUAUGGAAGUUGUCGAUCAGGAAAGUACAAGUAAUAAACUAAUAGGUAAACCUACAUUCAAAAAACGAAAUAUAAAAAAACAAGUUGCGAGGAAACGGAGAGGAACCGAUUAUGAAAAUAGCAGCAGUGAAGAUGAGACGCGCGUGGUGAAGAAAGACAGAAGCAGCACCAAAGAGAAUCCUAAUGUUCAGAAGUCGGGGGGCACGCGCCAGCUGUCCGGUGAUGCGGACGGCGCGACCGUGUCGUACCGCUCGCGGAAGGCUGCGCAGCGCGAGGGCCCAGCCGACAUGGGCGCCACGGCCGUGCUGGAGACGGAGACGGAGACCAGCAAGGAUGCGCAGUCCAUCUUCGAGAACGCUCUUAAGAUAAACAAGGAGCUGAAGGGAAAGGAAGACGAUGGGCUGUACCGCGGCCUCAACAACUACACCCAGUUCUACGAGAAGCGAGACACGGCACAAGGGAACGCCUCCAGUGGGAUGGUGAGGAAGGGCCCCAUCAGAGCACCGGCCAAUCUGAGAGCGACGGUGCGGUGGGACUACCAACCCGACAUCUGCAAGGACUACAAGGAGACUGGCUUCUGUGGCUUUGGAGACAGCUGCAAGUUCCUGCACGACCGCUCAGACUACAAGCUGGGCUGGCAGCUGGAACGCGAGAUGCAGGACGGCACGUACGGAGACGCGGACGAAGACCCGCGUCAGUACGAGGUGGACUCUGAUGACGAGCACCUGCCCUUCAAGUGCUUCAUCUGCCGCUCGUCGUUCAGCGAGCCUGUCGUCACCAAGUGCGGCCAUUACUUCUGCGAGAAGUGCGCACUAGCACAGUACAAGAAGUCGACGCGCUGUUACAUCUGCAACCAGCAGACCAACGGCGUGUUCAACCCGGCGAAGGAGCUGAGUGCGCGUCUCAGGAAGGAGGCAGAGUUGGCAGAGACUCGGGUGUUGAGUCACUCUGACUCGGACUAACACGGCCAUGUGAGGCGUGACCUGUGUCACUGGAGUACUGUGUGACAUGCAGCCACUCUGACUCGGACUAAUGUGGCGAUGCGAGGCGUGACCUGUAUCAUUGGAGUACUGUGUGACAUGCAGCCAUCUCAGCUCACUGGUCAUAACCAUGAAGCCAUUAUCAGUUCUGAAGCUGGUCAAACCAGACAUGUGUGUGUCUUCUAAAUGCUCUACAUGUAACAUUCUUGAACUCUGUACAGCCUCACUUGUGCUGUAUAAUGAAAGUAUCUUAUAGUGUAGUAUUAUGAAAUGUACUAAUUCCUUAAAUUUUUUUUGAACACAUAUAUUUCUUAAAACUUAAUUGAUUUUAAUGAUGCUAACUUGGUGCCACAGUUUCAUUGUUGAUUGUAAGACACUGACAGGUUAAGUGACUGCCUAGGGUUGCAGACUGUGUGGCCAUGUUUUUAUGGUCUUCCAUUUAUUUACUUCCUAAUUAUAUGAAAAUUACUUUUAUUAGAACUAUCAGAAAGUUAUUAAUUUACUGUGGGCCUCUAUUCAGAAAACAAUAGUUGCAUUCAAUUAGGAUUGGUAAGUAUUUGACUAGGAAACAUUAUUUCAGUGGGUUUUUUUUAAGGAUAAAUGGUGCAUUUGCGAAUUCUUACUAAAAAUUAUCAAGUGUUUGUCAAUGAAAUGUUAAUUUGAUUAUGUGUUUUGGUUACAUCAAAAACAUAGUUCCAAUAACAUAUUGAUUAUUCUUAUGGGUUGAUUCAUAUCACACUUGCUCACCAUUAGCCUUCAUUGUAAACAUAUAGGAGUUGUCCUCGGACAACCAUCAGACACAAAUUCGAAAUGUAUGUUUUGAUAACGACUGCUUUAAGAGGGACUUCGGCUUACACCUUCUUGCACUGAAGCACAGAGAUUGGUAACCUUCGUGGUUCUCGCUAGUGUUCGACGUAAACUGGGCACGGCUGGAUCUGUGUUUGCAAUUCUUGCACCAACAACGCACUUACAUUUGCUGUAAGAUAAUCUGUUAAAGUAUGGUUACGAGGCGAGCUACGAGGUAGGCCAGUGGGCCGGCUAGCCAGUAAGAUGCCCGUUAGCUCGCUGGUGGGGCGCGGAACAUUAGCACAACUCUCUCUCCCACGCCCUCUUCAGUAACACGUCCAUCAUCCUUGGGAAUCCCAUUUUGUUCAGUAAGCUUUCGCAGUCCUUCAGUCACUGGAUAUCUCAUGCCUAGGGACCUGAAAAAUUCGCAAUCACAAUAAACUAAAUUAACACAAAUUGUGAUGCUUUGAAUUUAAAAUAUGAUUUUUUUUUUUCCCCCAAUUUCUGCACAAAUAAACGAAUGUUGCGUUUCCUA